AUGACAGAGACAUUGAAUGUCAUAGUCAAUAACGGAUCAAGUGUAGGCGCUUAUACACUUGAUCUGAUUGCGCCUCCGAAGUUAACUUCGGAGAUCACUCAGUUGCCAACGCUCGAACAUAAAAGGUUCUUGCGUGAUCUGCGUAGUGGCAAAGUCAAGCAGAUUUGCGUACUCGUCGCUGACGACGAGUGUGUAGCCGACAUAAGGUCAGCAACAGUGUUCAAUGAGAACGAGAGAGGUCUCAGUAGUUCAUCUAUGGACGAGAGUGUCCUAGAUGAAAAGACACGAGUUGAGCGAUAUGACUCCCAAUCGUGGGAAUCGCUCAAGACAAAUCCUCUCUAUGAAGAUUUGGUUGAAUUCAAGGAUGUAUUCCCUGAAACUGUUCCGUGCGAGUUACCGAAGGAUAAAGGUACUCGACACGAGGUCGAGCUUAAACCAGGCUCGAAGUACUGUGUCAUGAAGCAGUGGCCAGUGCCUCGUGAACAAGUACUUGCGAUCGACAAGUUCUUUGCCGAUCGUUUAGCUGCGGGCCAUGUGAGGGAAUCAACUUCCCCACAUAGCUCUCCGAUCUUCUGUGUGUGA